UUGGCAGCAUUGCCAUAAUGCCAAGCAAGUUGCUGUCCUUGCGCAGUCUUGCUCUGCGCUCCGCUGUUUUGUUUUUGUUGUGGUUGCUGGGAGGAGGGAGCGCUGAAAUAAUUAUGCUUGGGGUGAAAUUGAGGGAAUGACAUGUUCCAGCCGGGAGGAGACGGCAGCUCCCUUCACGAUGACCAUGACCACAGCUUGCAACUGGACAGUACGCUCUCACCUUCAAUUUACGAUGCCGCUGACUUUCUGCUUAGAGAAACGGGUUCUUUAAUUAAGGAUGACAUUCCUGACAGACUGUGCUGCUCGUGCAUGUGCGCAACUUCAUGUGUCUGUGCUGCAUCCACCUAUGAUUCUCAGAGACCAUCCACUUCCUCUGCCAGCACUUCUUGUCAAGUCUGCAAUGGAAUUACAAAUCAGCCUACAUUGCGGAUGGCGCAUGAGAUUAUAUGUGCAUCGAUGUCAUUUUGCUGUCAAUGCUGCAUUACAUUUCCCUCUGGCUUAGCAAAAGAUCUGCACAUGGUACGGGAACACAGUUCUCUGCCUUGCGUUGCCUGUGGCGAGUUAUACUCAUCUGAAGUAAAAUUGGGCAACCACCUUGCAAGGGAGCACUCCUUAUACCGCUGCCCUUGCUGUGAUCAAAUGGUAUCUGAGAACCUCGAAGAACAUCUGACUUCAUUUCACAAAAGCUGUGCUAUGAGACAUCCUUUUUUAGUAAGACCUGAGUACACAUGCCGCAUGUGCGUAGAAAAAUUCAACACUCAAGAGAUCUCUUCUAUUGUUAACCACUUCAUGUCUGAGCACAAUGUUAAGGAUGAAAAAAUCCUUUAUUUCCUGAGCAAGCUGCAUGUUGAUUCAGACGAUGACGAACUUACCAACGAGAUCCUAGUGCCCAUGGUGAAUCUCUUUGCAAGUUCCGAGUCCAGCUCCGAAGAAGAUGACUUUGAGCAGCCUGAUGACCAUUUUGGUAUUGAUCUCCUUGACGUGGACCCUGAAGAUGUAGACUGUGUAUCUGAGUCAAGUUUCGAUGAUGCAGAUGAAGUCGAUCCUAUUAUUGAGUGUGAGCUGUGCGAGGAAAAGAGUUUUGUCUCCCCUCGGGAGCUAUGCUUUCACCUGAACGAGGAACACAAACUAGGGUGGGACAAAAAGAGCGAAUCAGAUUGCAAGACAGCUGAAUAUGGAUGCUACCUUUGCACAUUCAUAUGCAAGAGUAAAAGACAGCUGAAGACUCAUUUGAAGAAUGAUCACACACAUCUGGGAAACAAAUGCCGCUUUUGCCCUGUGAGAUUCAAGGAACAUCAAGACAGAGAUAAACAUCAAUUAGAGCAGCACCCAGAUCAACAAAAUUUUUACCAGUGCCCUAUUUGCCAGUUUGUUUGCACAAGCACUGCCAUUUCUCAGAAGCACUUAACUUCAAGUCAUCCCUCAGAAAAAAUGGAGUCAAAAGUUAUGUAUAAGUGCAAAAUUUGUCACCAGCUAAUGCCAUCAAUUUUGAUGUUGAGAACUCACUUUAGUUCCUGGCACCUUGGAGCUAUGAUCUACAGAUGCAGAUUGUGCUCCGCAACUUUAAAGACAAAGAAGACUCUGAACCACCACGUGAAAGCUGUUCAUUCCAAGUUCAGGAAACGAGACUGUUCCAUUUGCAACAAGGAAUUCCUAACUAAGAGAGCUUACACCAUCCAUUUCAGGAUGAAGCACAACAAAAGCUCAAAAGUUGGAUUUUGCUGUCGUUUGUGCCAAAAUAAGUUUGACACAAAAGAGGACAGGAAACUGCAUUACACAUUAGAUCAUGAAGGAGAAAGUCCUUACCACUGUGAAGAAUGCGGAAAGGGGUUUGCCAGUAAAUCAGGGAUGUAUGGACACAGACAGUUGCACACAGGAACUGGCAUCAGCAAAUGUGAACACUGCGGGAAGGAAUUUACGCGCAAAGACAGCUACAAUGAGCACCUUUUGAUUCACAAUGGUCCGCGCCACAAAUGCCCACACUGCCCAAAGGAGUUUGUACAGAGGUCAAACCUCAUCCGUCAUAUCCGGAUCCACACGGGAGAAAAGCCCUAUCAGUGUACCUUCUGUGACAAAAAGUUCUCUGACAAAGGCGCAUGCAAUUCCCACAUCAGAGUUCACACAAAGGAAGAAACCUGCAGUUGUCCAUACUGUGGACAAACUUUCUCAAAGAAACAGAAACUUAAAUACCACAUUAGGAAACACACAGGGGAAGGUUUGAUUGAGUGUGAAAUAUGCAACAAGAUGUUCACCAACAGUUUUGCUCUUAAAGAGCACCGCAUCAUACACAACCGUCAAACCCAGGUAGUGUGUCCUCAAUGUGGAAAGGGCUUCAACUCUGAAAAAUAUUUGCAGCGCCAUGUGUCUAUUGUACACGAACCCACCAACAAGUCCUUUCAAUGUUCAAUUUGCCCUAAGAAAUUUUCUCAACAGGCGAGGCUUAGGGCUCAUGUCAUGACACACAGUGGAGUGAAGCACAUGAAGUGUCUUCUAUGCAGUAAAGCGUACUCUGUUAGAAAGUCGCUAAGACGGCAUCUGUUUGAAAAGCACCAGAUAGGACCAGAAAACCCUCAAUACAAGCAAAGCUUUUACACUAUGUCUCCAGAAGAAGCCGGGCUUCAAGUCAUUGAUAGCGAAACAGGAAUGCCCAGUGAGUCCACAUCUGGGAAGAAAAGGCGUCGAGUCGAGCAAAUUGUACAAAAUCUGCAGAACUCGCUGUCAUCGUCGCAACAAUCAACAAAAAUCGCUCCAUUAGUGAUAAACCUCAACACUAGAAUGGUGCACAGACAAGAAACUGAUGGGGAAGCUAGUGGAUCUUCGACAGGUUAAUUUUAAUUCUUUCUGCCAUUAACUCUACUCAGGUCUCUCACACAUAAUUACCUCUGAUAAACAGACUUUGUUACCUUCACACACUAGUUCUUAGUAUGCAGACAGGAACCCGAGGUCAGUUAAAAGCUUUCAGGUUGCAUUUAUUACAAUAAUCAUUUACACUCAACUGUUGCAGCAAUCAUUAUUUGUUUCAUCCUAUGAACAUGUUCCAGUUUUAUCAACAUAAACAUAUACAAAUAUUGCUUAUCUGUUAAUUGAUAGCCAUGGAAGCUUACCCAUGCUGAAUAAGACUGUACUUUUGCUUAUGAUGAUAAUUAAGCUAGUGGCUAGGCAGUAUUAUUUACUUUACAAUAAGCUGACUCUCCUCGGGUAAUUUCUACCUCCUUCAACAUAAAUCAAACAUGAACACAAAAUGCAAUAGUAACCACAAGACUGAACUCUUUUUUCACUACUAUUUUUUUCCAAGUGCCACACGAAUUUUGAUACAACAGUGUAAUUUCUCGAAUAAACUCUUUUUGUAUCUGAUAUUGAA